AUGUUCAUCUCCUGGAAUGAGCAACGCACGGCGAACACGCGGGAGAAGGAACUGAUCAAAGCGCGGGUUAGGGCUCAUGCAGCCCGUAUAGCUCAUCAGCGACAGCUCGACCGGCAAAAACGGCCUCCAGCUUCAACACCAACCAAAAAUGAGCCACGGAGACCUCAGUCGCGUCGUCCGUUGUCUAUCCCCCCAGCAUGGCACGGCGGCUCGGAUCCCUUCAACUGCCGGGCCAUCCAAAUCUCACCGCAGCUGAACCAGCUUCUUGACUUCGUGAGCCGUGUUUGGGUCCCAGCAUCCCAUAUCCAGCUGCCUGAUCCAUUUCCUGAGAGCAUCAGGAGUGCGUUCUGUACCGAAUGGAUGCUCCACCCAACUGAAUCUUUAGACGAUGAUGCAAUGGCCAUCACGAUCCUGCUACCAUACGCAUCUGCGCUUGCCACGCUCACGAAGAGUCCCGACCUCGAAAAACAAAGUAUUGAGAUGAAGCUCAAGACCAUGUCGAAGCUCAGAACUAGUCUGGCCGAAGUACACAAGGCCACGAGCACGCCUUUGGCGACUAUCGAAAUGCUUGAUCCAAAGCUAAAGACCCUCGACCCCGACCAAUACACAAUCACUGCAGCCCAGUCAGGUCCGCCUGUUACUUCUGAGGACAGUGUGGUUGCAAUGGCACAAGCGUUGUUCAUUGCUGCCGUCAACGACAACAGCUUUGCGGAAGCCACUUUCCAUGGAGAAAUGCUGCAGAGGCUCAUGAAACGACAGACUGAUCGAUAUGGAUUUGCUUCCCUCAACUCGGAUGUCCUCUGCCAAGCGUUGGUCUACGACCUGGUACGUGCGCAACUGACAUUUACGCCGUCGAUAUUUGACCUCGAGGGGUGGCUUGGGUCGUGUCAGAGUGCGUUUCGGCCUAUUGUUCUACAGCAAUUCCAGACGUUUCGUGAAAAGAUGUCUACAUGUCUGGACCCGUCACUUGCCGACACCCCUCUACAGCAAGCCUACCUUGGCACUCACCAGUGCUUCUUUCUCUGGUCGGCAACAAAAGAUCCCGAGAUAUACGUUGAGCCGGACGAGAUCUGGAGCUACGUAACAGUCGCCAAUGCCGCCAUGCAGCUGUGGGCCACCAAUUAUCUUCUCGAACUUCAGCAGGUAAUCGACGCACCGACAUUUGCUCUCAAGUUGGACCUGGAAACGCAAGCACAGUGGCUCGUCCGUGCCUGCCUCACGCUCGGACUCUUGCUAUGGCAAGUGACGAAUCUUGCCGAUUUAAGAAUCGCUGGUCAGUCAUUCUGGCCGCGAGGCACGAUCAUCUUCGAGAUGUUACACAGGUACUUCAGUCACCUUUUCGAGCUCUCGAGAAGUCUGCCCGUGGCUUUCACAUCGCGUCAUGAGAAUGCUUUCAUCUUCUUUAGCUGGAUGGGUGCUGUAUGGGUUAACAGAACAGCCGAGUCCCCCGCUAAAGUCGCGGAUUCGUUUUUCCACCGGGUCAUCUGCAGACUAGCUGCACAACGAGGCCUUCAAGACACGGACAGCAUCAGGGAAAUCGUCAAGAGCUUUCUGCCUUCCUUACUCUUGCUGGCUCAAGACUGGAAAUGGCUUGAGAGGUUGUUACCAAACGAAGGAGCAGUGAUAGAGCGGAAGUGCAAACAUCCCACCAUCGAUCGCCGAUGA